CAUAUUAAAACGAUCAUGGUUUUCUAAAGCAGAAUCACAGUACUUCUGGAAAGGCAUAGGCAAUUUUCUUCACCAGUAGAGUUAAACAUGGUUUGUUUGAAGCUGACAGCCUUUCUCACACUCUGCAUUGGGGUUACACCUUUGCCACAAGGUGAUAACACCGUGUACAACUUUGAUAAAAGUGAGGACACAGUAAGGUACAGAGACUGUCAUGACUGGUACCAAGCUGGUUACAGGGAAUCUGGCACAUAUGAAAUCUGGAUACAUGAUAACUACCCAAUCAAGGUCCACUGCCAAAAUAAUGGCAAUUCGUCAGCUACUGUGAUAAUGAGGCGAGAGUAUGGAGACUACAACUUCCAGCAGAGUUGGACUACAUAUGCGAAAGGGUUUGGGCACAUGCCCCCCCAAAGAGGGGACUUCUGGUUGGGGUUAAACCACAUCAAUUACCUCACGUCUUUUGCUGGAAAUACCAUAUUGACCUUUGUACUCCAAGAUUGGAAUAAAAAUAUCCAACAACUGGCUUAUCGUGACUUCCGCGUCCUAGACUCUUCACAGAACUUCCGAAUGUUUGUUGGGGCAAAAAUUUCUGGACAUCUGACAGAUGACUUCAGUUUUAACAACGGGAUGGCAUUUAGCACUCAGGACCGGCCAGAUCCUAACUACUGUGCCUUGCAUCAACAGGCGGGCUGGUGGUUCAAUUACUGCACCUACACCCUGCCCACUGGCAACUACUACUACGGGGGCAACUACCAGCCCGUGGGUGGCUACUAUAAUGGUAUCUACUGGAAGGACUGGUAUGGCUACAAUUACUCCCUGAACUUCAUCUCAAUGUCGGUUUCUCAUCCAUAAGUCACCAAUAUCCCCAGUCAGUAUCCUUAUUUUGGCUUUCUACUCUGUUAAUAGUUCUCUGUAAUGUAGGGGCUAUCACUGUCCAGAAAGGUGUAUAGAAACCUUUAUUAAGUAUCUCUUCCUGUAAUUUGGGAGUUCUUGUAGAAUUAUUUUAGGCGCCAUUAAGCGGUAUGAAAUGAGCCAUGUCUUCCGAAAAGUAGAAACAAAACAUAAAACACGGUUCAGGUCUUGCGCCACAUUUAUUAUACUGCAAUUCUAAGCUUUUUUUUGGCAGUACAGAAUUUGUAUAAUCUAUUCACCUUUGCAUGUUGCUUCAUUGUCUAAUUAACAAAUGUUUGUUGUUUCUUUUUUUUUUAAUUGUGAAACAAAGUUUUACACAAUAAAAAUGACUGUUUCAAUUUAUUCCCA